GCUUGGUGUUUGCUGUUUGCUGUACGGGAUUAUUUAACGCUGUGGCCGUAUAAAUAAUUUCAAAUAUAUUUCAAAUAAAGAAAGAAAAAAAUUCAAUUCAAAGAGGAAUUUUUGCUAAAAUCUUAUACAAAUAUUUUGUAACAAAAAUGAAGGGUUCUUGCCAGGAACCCUUUACAAAGUUUUAACAAAAAUUAAAAAAUUCCAAUUAAGAAAAAGUGUUAAAAAAAAAGAAAAGUGCAUUUCCAAAUAAAUUAAAUUUUUUAUAUACAUAUAAUAUAUUCAUAUAUAUAUAGAAUUUGAAAAUAGUAUAGUAAAUACAUAUAUAGAAUUUUUAUGGGCAAUCAACAAGGCAAAUUACAACACAACCAAAGUGGCCGACCUAAGAAAAAUGUCCAUUGGAAAUCAGCAGAACGUCCUUCGCCACCCGGACGUCCACUACUAAUUCCAGUUUCCGAUCUGCAACCGGAUGUCGUUAACUUACGAUGGGAACGUCCAAGACUUGAUGGAGGUUCUCCCAUCACCGGCUAUGUGGUCGAACAUCGUCGCAUGGGCUCGCCACACUGGGUACGGGCCACGGCCAUACCAGUGACCCGUUGCGAUGUAUCCAUAAGCGGUUUAGAGCCCGGUUGGCGUUAUCAAUUCCGUGUGUUUGCCGAAAAUAUUGUUGGUCGUUCGGAGCCGAGUGAAUUGUCCGAUAUACUGACGGUCACAUUGCAACGCAACGCCAUAAGUGUGCCACGCUUUUUAGACGAACUACAGGAUUUACAUGCCGUCGAAGAUGAACGCAUAGAGUUUCGGGUGAAAUUCUUAGGUCAACCACCGCCCGAAAUCAAUUGGUUCAAGGAUGGCUACGAAAUAUUUAGUAGUAGACGAACGAAAAUUGUAAACGAUACCGACGCUAGUGUCUUGAUUAUACAUCAGGUGGCUUUGACCGAUGAGGGCGAAAUCAAGUGCACGGCGACAAAUCGAGCCGGUCAUGUGGUAACCAAAUCCCGGCUGUUUGUGCAAGCACCACCCAAGAUAAGGCUUCCACGUACCUAUGAGGAUGGUCUGAUAGUAGAGGCCGAGGAAGCUUUACGCCUUAAGGUGGGCAUUGCGGGUCAACCUCCUCCUCAGGUCACCUGGUUGCAUGAGGGUGAAGUAAUAAACAAUGGCGGUCGAUUCGAGAUAAUCAAUUCUGAAAAGAAUUCCUUGUUGAAAAUUGAUAAUGUCCAGCGAGACGAUAGAGGGGAGUACAGCAUAAAGGCUUCCAAUAAACUGGGCGAAGAUAUAACCUCAUUUUUGGUAACAGUAACAGCAAGACCAAAUCCUCCCGGCAAGGUAAGACUAAAUAUGUCCUUCGGCAAAUCGGCCACUUUGUCUUGGACAGCUCCCAUAGAUGAUGGCGGUUGCAAGAUCGGAAACUAUAUAGUGGAAUAUUUUCGUAUUGGCUGGAAUGUUUGGCUAAAGGCGGCUACAACACGUUCCCUCAGCACAACGCUUCAUGAUCUUAUUGAAGGUUCUGAAUAUAAAUUUCGCGUUAAGGCCGAAAAUCCUUAUGGUCUAAGUGAGCCUAGUGAAGAGUCGGAUGUACUUUUCAUACCUGAUCCCAAGCGGGGUAUAACCAAACCCAAAUCAGAAAACAAAUUGGAUGAUGAGGAAAACAAGCCAGUGCCGCCACGCAGAAAGACAUUGUCCCCGCCCAGAGCAGUAGCUGAUGCAGCCACUGAAACGUUGGCUAAAUUUUCACCAAAAAUGGAGCGUAAAAUUAGGCCACAAGUAUUAGAUAGUGAAGAUUUACACCGGGAAAUGUCCUAUGGCACACCGGAUCCCAUGCUUAAGUUUGAUGUACGUAAAAGUCCUUCACCAUUUAACAAGGAAGACAAACCCACGGGUAGUCCCAAUAAACUAAAUUUACAUAUCAAUAAACCCAAGAACACCGAAACAAAAUCUCCUCAACGUUCUCCUACCGCCGAGUCACCUAAGAAACCCAUGCUUAUGCAAAGUAUUUUGAAGACAAAAGAAAAAUCUCCCUCGCCAUUGCCACUUAAGCAGAUAACCCCACCAGUUGCGGAAAAUUCAACUAUUUUCGAUUUUACAAGUCCUCGCAAACGUAGUCUGAGUUCGGAAAUGGAAGAGCCCCAACAGCAGCGUAAAAACUCGUUGCCCACCACACCUGAGGCAAUACGAAGCACAGCAGCCUUGCAGCGCAGUACCGAACCAGUGGAAUUGGGAGUCAACCAACAAGUCAGACGCUUUUCUAAUCAUGCUCUUAGCCCAGCUCGUAAUGUACCAGGUCUGGCUGUUGCUAUAGCCACCAGUUCUUUGGGCAUGACUGGGGAGUCGAAUAAAAACCUAAUUGGUAACAAUAAUCUUACUGGUAAUGGUAUAGGCAAUGGUAGACAAAACAACAAUCCCACCAUUGAAAUUAGUGCUCCGCCAAAUACCAUAUCUCCACUCACAACAGAAUCAUUGCCUUCAGCAGGUACUUCAGUAAGUUCUCCCAUGAUGGCAUCGAAGAAUUCAGCAAACAAAAUGUCCCAUACAGACAGGCAUGAUGAUGUUCACACCAGCAACGAAUUCAUGCUCGUUGUAUUUGACAAGAAUAGCAAAGUUAAGGAUAAAGACAAGCAAGAUUCCUUCGAAUUGGAUCUAGAGGAUGCCAUACAACCUCCCCCUAUCUCCAUUUCUGCUCCUGAUUUAGCUUUAUUGGAAUACUCCACCCUGCAUACCUUCCCCAUGAGACGUUCCGUUAGCUCCACGGAAUUACUGUACGAAAGAGCAAUGGCUCGUUUUUAUGAGGCCGUAGAACUGGAGGAAGCGGAAAAAGCUCGCAAGCUAAAAAUAUCACAAGACAAAAUAUCUACACCGAGCAAUAUGCCACCGGCCACUAUACGCAAGCGUUUGGGUUCCAUGACUGAAGCAGAACGUUUGUCCUUCGAAAGACGCAGUGAAUUGAGAAGACAAUCAGCAGAUAUAUCUCAAGAUCUAAAGGCCAUACGUAAAUGGAGUUCCAAAGAGAAUAUAACACAAUUUAGACCUUUGGCACGCAAACGCCAGGAGAGUCAAGAAAGUGAAGAUUUCAGCGAUGACUUCCACACCAAGAGUGCUCCCUACAGAGAGGAGAGUUUUGAGUUGGGCUCCGAUUACACAGAGAGUACCGCUUCAUCGGAUAAUGACUCAAUUGAAAAGUUUAAGAUGGAACUGAUGGCCAGAACUCGUUCACCAAGUCCCCGAGAAUUGGAAACCUAUCAUCCUCGCAAUAUGUCCGCAGGUGUGUUCACUCCAUAUCGUGCUCCAACUCCAGACGAAGCAGCAUUGGUGCUUACUCGCCCAGUGCCAUUGCCAAGUCCAGAUUUUGUACCAAAGCCUAUACUCAAAAGACCCUCUAAUGAAAAUGUUUUGCAAACCAACCAAGACAAUACCAACAUCAAUAACACAGCCCUCAAACAGGAAAAUACGUCAAGCGAAAAAUUGGAUAUAGCUAAAGGUAUUAAAUCAUUCUUUAAACGUGAUAAACGUUCUGCCACCGAAAAGAAUACCGAAGAAAAUGAACUAAUAUCAAAUCCGCAAGAAAAAUCAAAUGCUGCCCUGCUGGCGGCGGAGGCUUUAGCCAAGCGUAAAGUCAAAGAGGAAGAAGAGCAGAGAAAACGCAAAGAAGCCGAACGUUUGAUGUUGGAAGAGGCUCAUGCAGCUGUGGAUCACUACAGUGAAUUGGUACAACAAGUGAGCACAACACGAAAAUACCACACGCCUAUUUAUAUGGAUCAGGAAGAACUUAAGAAAAUAACGGGCAAAGUUAACAAAAAUUAUGAUGACGAAGUCAGUGACAAUGUAACUUCACGUCGCUCACAUAGUCCGGAUAAUGGUUUAAUACCGCCCGUGAGCAAUAAACCUAGACUUUCGAUAUCCGAGAGAGGCCAACUUAUGCAUGUGCGAGAAACUGCCAGCGAUUUAGCGGUCAAAAAAGAGAAACCCAGCAAAGAAUCAGAAUCAGAAGAGCUCGAACCUGAUUCUGAAGCAAAUCCGGAACCAGAGCGCCCUAAUCAUUUACCAAAUGAUUCUAAAAUGGAGACUACGGCGACUAUACAGACGGCUGAACAAGCAACAAACUCUGCGGAUGACGAGAUCAUCACCACCACUACAGUGGUAAGUGAGACUGUAGAAGAGCGACCAGAUUCGCGAGGGCGUCCACGUUUAGUUAAAGUUAAACGUAUCAUUAAGAGAAGAGUUCCCUCAAGUACACGCUCCCGAGACACUUCCCAAAGCAGACCACCCUCGAGUAUAGGUUCAGUGCCAGGCACUCCAGUGCCUAGAGCUCUUUCUCGAACACGGCGUACCAUAGAAUCUAAAUCUCCUGGACCCCUGGGAAGAAAACAAUUACCACCUCCGCCAAAUACCCAUUCUACAUCCAACGAAGAAACCUCCUCUUCUCAGGAACUAUUGCUGUCCCGUACUCCCACUCCCCUCACUGAUGAGGAAGCCCAUGAAAAAGUGCGCUCUGCUUUAUCAUACUCCACCGAUUUGGUUCUUUUUGUGGUGGCCUGCUAUGUGUAUCUAUUCAAAGAUGCCUGGUUGGUGUUGCCCAUAUUGGCCCUAAUGAUUUAUCGCCAGUUGCGCGAAGUUAUCGACAGUUGUAUACCCAGUUGGUUGAGACGUAAAAAACAAUAGUUGUUCGUAGACGUACUUUUUAUACUCGUACAUACAAAACAAAUAUGCGUUUCAUUGAAUACAAAUCAUUUUCAAUUUAAUCUUAAGUUUAAGUUUAUUUUUAAUGCUGAUGUUUUUAAUUAUUUUGGAUUUAAUUUUAUUAUUUUAUUAUUUAUAUAAUUCAUUUGAAUUUGGAAUUGAAAUAUGCGUACAUUUACAAUGUACUAUUUAUAUUUCGCUGCCCCACAUUUCUGUUAUUCUUGUCUGUAAUUUUAAGUACUUAUUUGUUUGUGCAUGUCUUUCAAACCCCCCCCAAAAAAAAAACAAAGGAACUAUCUCCGAUACCUAAUUUAAAUUUAAUGAUUAGGACCUUUAUAUUAAAACAAAAUCAUGUCGUAUACGUUUAAACGUAAUGGAAAUACAUACAUAUUUUUCAAAUAAAUAUUAUUUUACAAAUUUUAAAA